GUUCUAACGCAUAUACUCCAAUUAGCCAGAGAUGAUAUCGAAGACGCAACAGUUACGACUUCAUUUGCUCGUAGCUGGUGCAUUUAGAGUGGGUGGCUGACGUGAUUAUCCAUUUCAGUAACUGCUUGUAGUUUCGUUUGCAAACACCUAUCAUUAGUACACGUAUAGCUUGGAGAGUGAUGCUUGAAAUCGUCAUUGGUUUGAAAAUGGCACCGCUGAUGGAAACUGAAUCAACUAUAGGUCCUAGAGUAUGUAUUACCGCGCCAUUCGUCUAGCUAGUAGCGCUUUGCAAACUCUACAAACACAAUCCCAGAGUGUAAGCAGAAGCCUCAAACCCCAGCCACAGUUCCAGCGUAUAGCUGUUAUCUCCCAACGAUUUGCCUCCUCCAAGAUAAUCGAAGCAAUUAAGGAAGACCACCGUCAGCUUGAAUAUUACCAUGACCGUAUUCUGAAUGGGAAAAACGAUGACGAGAAGAUCCGCUAUCAGAACGCUUUCGUUUGGGAGCUCACCCGCCAUUCCAUUGGUGAGGAGCUUGUUGUUUACCCGGCCUUAGAGAAACGACUGCCUUAUGGUAAAGAUAUGGCGGAUAAGGACCGUGAAGAGCAUCAGACUGUCAAGAAUCUUCUCUACGAAUUUCAGAAGCUUAAGCCUAGUGACUCCAAUUUCCAGCCCACCUUGGAUAAGUUGAUGAAGAACUUGAAGCAGCAUAUCGAGGAAGAAGAGCAUUCCGAUCUGGUUGAGCUUGAGGAAGCACUCGAUAAUACCGAGUCGAGCGAGCUAAGCAGCAAGUUCGAGAGGACCAAGUAUUUGACACCAACUCGCAGUCAUCCUAACGCACCUAACAAGCCGCCGUUCGAGACCGUUGUUGGCUUGAUGUCAGCCCCGCUUGACAGGAUUGGCGACCUUUUGAGACGCUGGCCAAAUGAUGCUUCGCAUCAAAGCAAGGGCGAUCAGAUUGAGGAUCCGAACAAAGGUUUCCCGGCUGGUUUCCAGGUCUCAGACUUGACCUCCAACGCUACGGCAAAAGCCAAAGAAGGUGCGGAGACUAUCUCCUCAAAGGUAGGAGAUAUUGCAAACAAGGUACGAGAGAUGAGAGACAUCUCGAAGAAGGUGGGAAAUAAGUCUAGUCCUAAAGUGGGAGAUUUUGCGAGCAAAACAGGAGACGCUGUGAAGAAUGUCUUUGCUGGUCCCGGCGAAGCUACAACUGGUGCAGGCAAGAAGCAGGGUAAGGAUAAGCGAGGUCACCCAGCUGCCGGCGGCCCUCCCAUGUGAUAUGGCGGCACUGCUGUCAUAUGUCAAGUUAUGAAAGCAACGGACUUCUGUGAUUACAUUCACAGAGGAUGUGCAAUAUUCAAAAGCGCUGGAUUGUAACUGAAAUUUGUUCGACAUAUGUCUGGCCAUGCAGCUUCUCCAGGCUACUCGAAACCUACAGGAAGCGCAGGUGGUCGUGUCUAAAUUUGAAUGACAUGAUGAUAUCUCACUCGGGCUUCUUUUUGCAGUAUACUACCGCGGACACAUUCGGUCGCAACCUCGAACUUAUUAUUCGCAGACCUCCAAUAUGUCGUUAUGUAAAAUAAGGGACUGGCACUAGAAUCUGCUAAGUACCAUGAAGCUAUCAAGAGUAUAUCGAAUAAUUUAGUAUGAGUCAAGUCAGAUCAAAGUAUAUAGUUAGGCUAAUGAUUGUAAAGAGUGUAAGUGACAUUUGUUUAGUUUGCUUGUGCGACAUUCAACUGAACGCAGAGACCGGAGGCAGAAUAUGGU